UGCAAUUGUGUAUACUAUAUCCUCUCCACCUUCGUUUUCUCUCUAUCUCUCUCUUUCUCUCUCUCUCUAUAUAUAUAUAUACAUUCGUUCUUUUUCAGCUUCAUCGUCUCAACAUGCAUUUGCCUCUCUUCAAAAAGUUUUCCAAGAUGAAAUCCGCUUUCAUCAUAAAAUCACCAAGAAGAAAUUCCAACGAAAAUGAGGGUAGCUUGGGGCGCAAGUCAUCGAGCGUCAGCCAUGAAUACAUGGCGGCCUUUAGAACCAAUUCUUACGUUGAAAUCUACGACAAAGUUCAAGGACAGUUAGCAGCCGCAAGAAGCAAAGAAAUUGUUGGAGGGGAUAACACUUUUCCCUUAACAUCUUCUUCAUCUUCUUCUUCAUCUUCUUCUUCUUCCCCUCUGAUCAUCAGCCGCCAUGAAAGUAGCUUAUCAUCCCCAGGAUGCAAGCUUCUGCUCUGCCAGGAAAACAUGGAAGAAUUGCCCCAACAAGCUUCUAACGCCCACCCUCUGCUUAACGAAUUCUUCCUUCUAAGCUUAGAAGCGUGCGUGAUCUGCGAAUCGCUGCUCAAAAUCGUCCUGCAAACUCGAGCGGAUUACAAGACCGUCAAGAAAGCUGUCGAGAAAAUCGAGGAAUCCCAGAGAAAUGCGGCGUGGAGCGAGGAGAAAGUGAAUCGUGCGUACGGAGAAAUCGCGUCGUUGUCGCUGUUCGGAAACCCUUUGUCGGCGGUGAAGUUCGAGGAGGUACGAGACCACCACUUGGGGCUGCUAAAUCGCCUCAUAUUGAAGCGGGGGAAGGUAGGGAGGAGGAUGAAACACCUUAGGGUUUUCAAGGUGGCUUUGGGGUCGACCCUUCUGGUGGGGUACACCGCGUUUACCAUUACUUUUACCAUUCUCGCAGUGCAUUUUGUGAUUUGCACGAUGGCCGUCCCGGGCCUAAUUGCACUUUCUUUGAGCAUGUUCAAGAGGGUCAAAGAAACGAUCCCGAGAAAAGGGCUUUAUAUGCAGCUUGAUGUGGCCGCGAAAGGGCUUUAUGUAUUGAUCAAUGAUUUGAGUACGGUGAGCCGGCUGGUGGGGAGGUUGAGCGAUGAAAUGGAGCAUAACAAGACCAUAGCUGACAUGUGGGCAUUGAAGCAAUGCAAUGAUGUGUUGAAGGAAGUGGUGAGCUCGAGGGAUUUUGCCAUACAAGAAGAGUGGGUCUUGGAGGAGAUGAAAGAGCUUGAGCAGCACAUUUAUUUGUGUUUUCUCAACAUUAUCAGGUCUAGGAGGAUGAUUGUGCAAGAAAUUGUGGGGUGUGACCAGCCCGUCGUCUCGCAAAAUCAGCAAUUAGCUUUGCUGGACAGUGAUACUAUCGAGGUUUGAAAUGGCAAAAUCAACAAUUAGCUUUGCUGGAUAGUGAUACUACAGAAGUUUAAAAGGUUAAAUUCAGCGUUUUGUCACCAUCACCAUUGAGAUAAUGUAGCACUUGAUGUGACAAGUUGCAUGUUAAGAAGUUUUCAAGUUUAGGUUUUGUAAGGAAUUGUACAAUUUGGAUUCUUGUUGUUUUUUCAUAGUUGGCAGUUUCAGUAGUUUAUUCACCACCCAAAUGUAGGAGAAGAUGAUGUUUUGUACCCUCAGUCCAGGUGGAUAAAUUUGUUAAGAAUAAAGAACAGAACAUUAUUU